AUGAGCAGCAAACGAAAGGCUUCAUCAUCGGGGGGAGGGGCGGCGCCAUUAAACGUGAAUCUGGGUGUGGCUUCGAGUGAGCAAUUAGGGCAACCGGGCGGGGCCCCCAGCACCGCCAAGCGGACGAGAUUCGAGGAUGCGCCGCAAAACGACGACGACACCGACCUUGCGGGGGACCUGGACCUGCAGGAGCAGGAGCGCAAGCGGACCCAGCAGGGGCGCAGAGGCAGGGUCGUGACGGCAGGAUACGACUCGGAGGAGGACGAGUCAGGGGAUGAGUCGGAGAAUGAAGACGAAGAGGGGCACGAAAUCGCGAGGAAAUCGCAGCGAGAAAAAGGGGGAAAGGCGAAGGUGGCCGGCAUCGAUGAAGAUGACGACAUGUUCGACCUGGAGAACGGCUCAGACGAGGAGGAGGCAGGCAAGGGCGAGGCAAAGCUUGGCAAAAAAAGAUAUUUGCAGCUGGGCGAGAUUGAAGGUCAGGAGUUUGGCGAAGAGAAGGACGAGGAACGAGACAGAGAUCUUGAACUGGAGAUUGAGUCGGACGACGAUGACGAAGACGAAAACGAGGAUCUCAACGACGAAGAGGGAGGGACAACUGGCGUCAAGAAGCAGAAAAAAACCAAGGUUGGGUACGAUCCCGAGGAUAUGGGCGGCAAGCUCGACUCGUUCAACAUGAAGGCCGAGAUGGCAGCUGGUCGCUUCGACGAAGAGGGCAACUACAUUGCCAACGCGAAAGACCCGCACGCCGACCAUGACAAGUGGCUGACAGGUAACUACAGCCGCAAAGGCAUCAAGGCGGCCAAGGAGGCACAAGCUAAGCGCGAAAAGCAGAAGAGAGAAGAGGAGGCGCAGCGCGAUGCCAAGGCUCUGGACGAAGACGAGAGCAAGAAGCGUCUGGUCGAGUGCAUGCGCCGUGGUGAGAGUGUCAUCGAAGCAUUGCAGCGCCUGGGAGCAGCCUCGAAGAAGGCAAAGGCCUCCUCGUCAAAAAGGUCAAAUGGCACAACGCCGUCCUCCAAUGGCAAGUCGAAGGAGCCGACAGAAGACACCGCCAAGGCGGAGCUGGAGGAGGUGACUUCUCUGACGUCGGACCUGAUGGCGCGCUAUGGUCUUGUCAACAUCUACGAUGAGACAUACGAGAGCCUGCUGCGAAGUGUGCGACGCUCUGGCCUGGUGCGCGAGACUUGGGACCCAGCAGCAGCAGCAGAAUCAGGAACAGCAACAGGGGCAGAUGACUCAGCACCAGCCGGGAAAGCAGACGAAGAGCAAGAUAGUCGGCAAUUCGAGUACAGAUGGUCACCCGCCUACCUUGCCUCGACGUCGCAAGCACCCGAGCCCGACAUCAAAACAUUUGGUCCAUUUGGAGUCAAGGACUUGCAUGCCUGGAGCGAGAGCGGCUUCUUUGGCGACAAGGGCGAGAGGAUCCUUCUGAGACUAGCUGGUGGUGACCCACGGUGGUUGAAGUGGGCAGAGGUUUUCCCGAUGUAAUUGUAGAUCUCCUUGCAAAGGAAGAAGCGUCUAAAAGGGUCUGCUGUCAUCAGGCCCAUCGAAGUGGG